CCGCUCUCCGCGCCGCCCAGGGAGCCGCAGCUGGUCCCGGCCUUGCGGCCUGCGGGGGAGGCUGCCCGGAGGAGGCGGCGACGGUGGCGGUGGCGGUGCGUCCCCGGCCCCCAGGACCGCAGCUUCCUUCCUGCCAGGUCUAUCCAUCUGUCCAUCCAUCCGUGGGGGUUCGCAAUGGCCACCUUCAGCCGCCAGGAAUUUUUCCAGCAACUGCUGCAGGGCUGUCUCCUGCCUACUGCCCAGCAGGGCCUUGAUCAGAUCUGGCUGCUCCUUGCCAUCUGCCUCGCCUGCCGGCUCCUCUGGAAGCUUGGGUUGCCGUCCUACCUGAAGCAUGCGAGCACUGUGGCAGGGGGGUUCUUCAGCCUCUACCACUUCUUCCAGCUGCACAUGGUUUGGGUCGUGCUGCUCAGCCUCUUGUGCUACCUCGUGCUGUUCCUCUGCCGACAUUCCUCCCAUCGCGGCGUCUUCCUCUCGGUCACCAUCCUCAUCUACCUGCUCAUGGGUGAGAUGCACAUGGUGGACACCGUGACAUGGCACAAGAUGCGAGGGGCCCAGAUGAUCGUGGCCAUGAAAGCGGUGUCUCUGGGCUUCGACCUGGACCGGGGCGAGGUGGGUGCAGUACCCUCGCCCAUGGAGUUCAUGGGCUACCUCUACUUCGUGGGCACCAUCGUCUUUGGGCCCUGGAUAUCCUUCCACAGCUACCUACAGGCUGUCCAAGGCCGCCCGCUGAGCCGCCGAUGGCUGCAGAAGGUGGCCCGGAGCCUGGCAUUGGCCCUCCUGUGCCUUGUGCUGUCCACCUGUGUGGGCCCCUACCUCUUCCCAUACUUCAUCCCCCUUGAUGGUGACCGCCUCCUUCGCAACAAGAAACGCAAAGCCAGGGGCACCAUGGUAAGGUGGCUGCGAGCCUACGAGAGUGCUGUCUCCUUCCACUUCAGCAACUAUUUUGUGGGCUUUCUGUCCGAGGCCACGGCCACGUUGGCAGGGGCCGGCUUCACCGAGGAGAAGGAUCACCUGGAAUGGGACCUGACUGUAUCCAAGCCACUGAACGUGGAGCUGCCCCGGUCCAUGGUGGAAGUUGUCACGAGCUGGAACCUGCCCAUGUCUUAUUGGCUAAAUAACUAUGUUUUCAAGAAUGCUCUCCGCCUAGGGACCUUCUCAGCCGUGCUGGUUACCUAUGCAGCCAGUGCCCUCCUGCACGGCUUCAGCUUCCAUUUGGCUGCGGUGCUGCUGUCCCUGGCGUUUAUCACUUACGUGGAACACGUCCUCCGGAAGCGCCUGGCUCGGAUCCUCAGUGCCUGCGUCUUGUCGAAACGGUGCCCACCAAACUGUUCGCACCGGCAUCGCUUGGUGAGGGUUCAGCCCGGGGAACCUCAUGCCCAACACUUCCCCUCAAGAACGUUACUUCCGUCUCCAUCUUCUGUCCGUCUCAGGGUGUCCAGCUUCCUCUCCUGGUGCCUGAGCCAUCCCCAGAACCCUGGCAUCCAUUUCUCUCACAAACAUUAUCAAGCCUCUGCUGUAUACACACCUGGCAUCCGUCCCCCCCCCCCGUCGCCCCGUGAAUAUUUAUUGAGCACCUGCUGGUAUCAGGCACUGUUCUAGGCACUGGGGACACAGUGGUGAACAAAAGAGACUAAAGUCCCAGCCGUAUGGGACAAGCCUUUUAACAGAUAAGACAGUAAAUUUUUAAAAAGUCACGAAAGUAUAAUAGUUUCUUAGAUUGGGAUUAAUGCCAAGGAGAAAAGACGUGAGGGAAAGGGGAAGGGAAGUAUGGGGCGGGGGUGUGAAUGGUUUCAAUUUUAAAUAGGGAAGUGACUUUUGAGUUCUUGAACUGGAGGAGAUGAGGAAGAGAGGCAUUCCAGGUAGGGAGAGAACAACCUGUGUAAAAGUUCUGAGACGGGAGAGCCUGGAAUAUUUGAGGAACAACAAGGAGGCCAGUGUGGCUUGAGCAGAGCAAGCGAGGGCAGUGGGGAAAGGUGGGUCUCGUAGGUCAUGGUGGGGAUUUGUUUCUGUUCGUUUUUUCAUUGUUUGCAAUAAGAAAUAUGGACCACCUCAGAUUUGCCUCCCACCUGGCAACCAACGUUUAUCACCAUAAGCCCCCAGCUAAAGCCCCUCCAUUCUCCCUCCUCUGCCUCAACACUCACCUCUCCCCCUGGAUGCCCCCAGGCUAACAGUACCCUCAUCCCUGGAUACCUCUGGGGCUCCCGUAGGAAGAUCCAAACCCCAGAGGGUGCCCUGUGCCCUGGACAUCCUCCUUCCUGGGACCCACUGGGCCAGUGCAUCUCCCUGGGCUCCCCUGGCCGGGUGGGGCUGGGGGACAGUAAGUAGAUCCAGCUGCGAAGCAUAUCCAUCUGUCCC